UUUGUUGUCGUAAGUGGACGACACACAUUUGAUCACGUGACGCUCCUGUUCACUUCGUUCAUUUUCAUUGCAGAAAUGUCUAACUAUGAAUUGGAGAGAAGACGCUGCCAGCUCGCCGCUGUGUCCGUCGCUGCGGUCGUUCUCUUCGUCGGAGUCCCCCUCUGGUGGCGCACCACCACCACAUACCGGGCAUGGUUGCCCAUGGCUCAGAUUCAAGAGUUCUCCAAACUGCAGCUCCUUCUGGAUGUUGACGUGGAGGUGGUGUUUGCACGUGGGACGCUGACGCCCGAACAGCAGAAGAAGAUCCCUGUGACGCAAACGCGUGAUGAACAGCACUCUGUUGACGGAGGAACUUCUUUGACGUACAGAUAUGAGACACGAUAUCGUACUGCGACCAUCAUGGAAGAGGAUUCUUUGAACCAGCCCACUGCUGCCGAGACCGAUCUCUCUCUGAACACGCUCAGCGAGAGUCCGUGCGGCUCUUUGGUGGUUUACGUGAUUCCAGAAUCCUCUUCGCUGCUGCCACAGGAUGUGGAUGUGUACGUGGGCCAGCGCCGGACCGCCUUAGUGCGUGCGGACGCUGAGACAAAAGCAGGCAAGACGCUCAAACAAGUCCUGGCCGGAGUGGAGCCCCGGGUGAAGGAGGUGCUGCGGGUGAUGUCGUUCAGCCACGGCGACAUCAUGGCCGUCCUCAGCAACCGAGUGCGACCGGGUUCCGGAAGCCUGCCGAAGAAAGAUGACAGCAUUAGAUCCUUCAAAUCCAGUCCGGGGUACGAGAUAACCUUCAGUCUGCUGAAUCCUGACCCCAAGUCGCAUCGCCUUUACUGGGACAUAGAGGGCGCCGUGCACACAUUCGUCCAACCUCUCCUUUCCAAACUCAGCCCUCUGGCCAACUUUAGUGUAGAUUCUCAGACGCUGUACUACACCAUGCUGGGUUUCAAUGCCCGCUUCGACGACCACCACAGCGCCUACACGUUGAGCGCCGACAGCCUGGCACACGUCAUCAACCCCGCAGAGUCUCGACUGGGCUCCAACGCCGCCUCGUCCAACCCGCCGCUCAAUUUCCUGCUCUACAUGCCCGACGCACAACAUUCACCCCUGCACAUCCUCGACCCCCAGAAACGACUGGUCGCCUCAAAUGCCUUUCAUUCGCCGCGCUGGGGUGGAAUCAUGAUAUAUAACGUAAACAGAGCAAAUGGUACGUUACCUGUCGACGUCCACAUCAACAUGGCCAAAGUGAUGGGCGUCUUUCUCGCACAGCUCCGUCUGCUGCUCGGCGUGAAGCCCACGGCGCGUACCGCCGGCAUCCUAGUGGCGCCGCCUGGCUACUCGGGCCUGUCUGACUGGGAGCUGGACCGCCUCAUGUGGAGUCACAGCGUGGAGAACAUCGCCACAGCGACCACAACCAUCACGUCGCUAGUGCAGCUGCUCGACCAGAUCGACACCAUCGUGAUCAACGACAACAUUGCGGAGCAGGUGUCCAACGCCGUGGCGUCGCUGCAGCUGGCAACAGCCGAGUUGGAGUCAGGCAACCUGGCCUUCGCUUUGCAGUACAGCAAGGAGGCCAUCCUGGCGUCAGAGCGAGCCUUCUUCGACCCUUCGCUGCUACACCUUCUCUACUUCCCCAGUGACCAGAAGUUUGCCAUCUACAUCCCACUCUUCUUGCCCAUGGGUGUACCCCUCCUGCUGUCGUUGCUCAAAAUUGUAGCAGAGGUGCGGCAGAGGCGCAAGGACAAACUGGCCAAGAAGGACUAAAGCGGUGAGGAAUGCAACUUAUCCAUUUUUUUUUUUACCAUUCAACCCAUUUAGAAAAAUCAACAAAAGUCCCUUUCUUUAGAUUUUAUUUUAUUUUAUUUAUUUAUUUUUUUGGGGGGAGGGACAGGGGUGAGGGUAUGUCCAAUUGAAUGUCUAUUGCCGUCAUUGGCAGUCAGUGAGUUAGGUCAGUGAGUUAGGGCUGGGCGAUAUGGCCUACAAAUAAAAUUUUCCCCCACCCACUUUUUAAAGGGGACAAUGAGAACAGAAGACAGAAAAAGCGCAAAAUUUUUUUAACACUUAUAAGGGCACGAUUUGAAGCCAUUGCCUCCCACUGACAGCGCUUGACGUCCGAUUAAUUUUGACAGAGAGGGGCGAACUGUCAUUGGCACUGAAAUAUGAGCAUUCAGUCAUAUUUCCAGUCCUCCCAUUUUAAAUGAAUUGGAUAUCUCUCCUUGUUAAUGGCAGGCGAUGAGUUAAAUACUGUAGAAGAAAAAAAAAAUUUGGGGGUGUUAUAGAUAAAUUGUAUUUGUUUUUAGUCAAGUUUUUCAUUAAAGGGAACCUCGGACUUAAAGACUUGCUUUAAUAACCCAAAAUUUUUCUCUUUUACUAAAAUAUAUUAUCCGAAACGCCUAAAAUAUUGCCAUUGAUAAAAAAUCUAUAAUAUUUAGUACAUGUUUUGACCUACGGAGGGCGCCAUGUUUUAUGGACGCUCGGGUUGAUGACAUAGAUUGUCAGUUACUCGAUGAAUACUACCAGGUUACUGCAAUUCCUUCUACGUGGCGAAAAGUCCAACACACGCGCUCAUCAGUUAAAAGUGGCGAGUAAUUAGUAGUGUUUUUAUUCUUUUAUUUUUUUUCAUUGCCUCAAAAUACAUAUUGCAUGUGUUUCCCUCUCAUAUUUUUAAGCAUUGUGUUUUCUUGUGGUAGUUUUAAAGCAGAUUGACCACAUUAUAUUGAAACCACCCUUAAUUGAUAUUACUACGUUGAUGUUUUUUCUUAAGGCAUCUACAGUAUGUUCUGUCUGUAUGCAUCUAAACACAACAAGCUGAAAGCGCAUGGUAGCACUUUGGGUGUCAAAUUCGCCUCUUAUAGAACAUUUCGCUGGUGUAGCACAUUGUGGCAGAAUACCGUUUUUUUUUUUUUUU